CUUUUCUCCCACAGCACCCAAACGCAGCAUCAGCAGCGUUUGGCUACCCGGCUGCAGCCAGGCUGCCAGUCUGCGUCUGCUGCUGCUGCUGCACAUCAAAGCCUGAUGAGACACCGAGGAGACGCUGUCAGCCUCCUCCAGCCUGCUUCACGUCGAGGCCGCACGGACUGCUCGGAUGCUGGGUGCUUCAUAUCUGUGGACGCUUCAAGAAGAAAAAGGAGAAGGAGCAGGUGCACCGAAGUCCCCGCCGCCGAGGUUUCCUCUCUCUGAGUGAUUUUGGGGGAGCUGUUGUUCGUUGUCACUUCCGGGCGAGCAGUCGGUACCACCGGCAGCUCACAUCGCCGGCGGAGGAGGAGAAGAAGAGGAAGUUCGGCAGCAUCGAUGCUUCGCGCGGGGAGGAUGGAGGAGUUUGUCACGGAGGAAGAGGAGCCGUGGUACGACCAGCGGGACCUGGAGCAAGACCUGCAUUUGGCAGCGGAGCUCGGCAAAACCCUCCUGGAACGCAACAAAGAGCUGGAGGACUCCCUGCAGCAGAUGUACAUCAACAACGAGGAGCAAGUGCAAGAGAUCGAGUACCUGUCCAAGCAGCUGGAAAUGUUGCGGGAGAUGAACGAGCAGCACGCAAAGGUGUACGAACAGCUGGAUGUGACGGCCAGAGAGCUGGAAAUCACCAAUGAGAAGCUGGUGCUGGAGAGCAAGGCGUCGCAGCAGAAAAUAGACAGGUUAACCAGCACCAUGGAGACCCUACAGAGCCAGGUGGACAGUCUCACAGCUCGGGUUGAGGAGCUGCGAACUUUGGAGGAGCUGAGAGUCCGCAGGGAGAAGAAGGAGCGUCGUAAGACCAUCCACUCUUUCCCCUGCCUCAAAGAGCUCUGCACCGCUCCAAGGUAUGAGGAUGGUUUCCUGCUGGCCAAUCCAGGUAGCGUGGACCUGGCCGAGCGACAGCCGCUGGAUGAGGAGAACGACCGCCUGAGAGACAUCGUCUCGUCGCUGCACUCGGCCAUGGCUGCAGAGCGGUCCAAGCGGGAGGGUGCAGAGAGGGAGUGUGCUGCUGUGCUGCAGGAGUUUGAGCGCCUGGAGCAGCGUCUCCUAGGAGCAGAAGGAUGCCAGCUGCGGGUUCAGGAGUUGGAAGCUGAGCUCCAGGAGAUGCAGCAGCUCAGGAAGUCCAGGGUGUGUCUGAUUGGUGACAUGGAAGACGGCCUAGAGAAUCUGCUCAAUAACGGCCCUGAGACUGACACUCCAGAGGAGAGCCCGGGGCAGGAGGACGGAGGCGAGGGAGGUGCUGGAGAGGCUGGGGGAGUGGGGCAGCAAGGAGGACCGGUGAGAAAAAGCUGCAGCGACACAGCCCUGAACGCCAUCUCAGCUCGGGACGCAACCGGUAGACGGCAGGGGAGCUACGCCCUCCACGCCAACGGCGUGCGCAAACGGGGCAUGUCCAUCCUGCGGGAGGUGGACGAGCAGUACCACGCGCUGCUGGAGAAGUACGAGGAGCUGCUGGGGAAGUGCAGGCGUCACGAGGAGAGCCUGUGCCACGCAGGGGUGCAGACCUCGCGCCCCGUUUCCAGGGAUCCCUCCAUGAAGGAGUACAACAUGGCCACCGCGGGGCCUUCCACCUCCGGAGAUGUCGUCGUCGCCGCCGCCCCUCCUACACCCCCUCAGACUCCCUCCACCCCUGAAGCCCUGGAGGGGAUCAGCAGGCAGGUGGAGCAGGUGGACAAACGGCUGAGCCAGAACACGCCAGAGUACAAGGCGCUGUUCAAGGAGAUCUUCUCCCGACUGCAGAAGACAAAGAGCGACAUGAACACGAGGAAGAGCAGAAAGACUAACAAGUGAGGCACAGAUGAGAUAUUACAAACAUCUCAGUUUACCUCACUGUUUAAAGGCUUCUCAUUUAACCGUCUGGCCACCCUUCACUGCUGUAUCCUGUUUCACAUGAAACUGCCAAAGGGAUGAAAUGCUUCUCUUGACUGUAACUGACAAACUAUCUGAGUGGAGGGUUUUGUCGUGACGUUGUUUGUAACUGAUGCAGAAGUGACUCCGUUUAUUUUGCAUUUAUGAUAAACACUGAAGCCAAAUAACAGGCCAACUUUCAGAGGCUUUAAAACUUGCAGCAUUUACAGCAUGCAUCUGGCUGAUAACACAAAAAAGCUAAAUCUCUCUUUCAAGAAAAAGAGGAAUCGCAAGCUUUUGAAUGGCUCAAUGAGCUUAAAGAAGCUUUUUGAACUCACCGGAUGGCACAAAAUCGGUGUACCUCCUGAACAGGCGGCGAUGCUUCUGCAUCUUUUUCAGGGAUUUAUUUCAUCAUUUCCACACUGUGCUGCCACAUAAUCCAACUUGUUCCUGUAAUAGGCCGUUUUAAUGUUUCCUGUUGAUUAAAAUAACUACUGCAUCAACCAUGUUCUUUUUUUUUGGUUUAAACCGCUGCCAAGGUGGUUAUGUUUUUGUUAGUGCUUGCAUGUAUGCGUGCCGUUCCGUCUGUAAAUGCAACAGCUCGGAAAGUUUUGAAUGAAUUCUGAUAAAACAGAUCCACUGAGGUCAUCAAGGUCAACUUUAUGAUUUAUUAAAAAUCCACAAAAAGCCUUGUAACGUAGAAACUACGAUUCUUAAAUGUGUGUAUUGACAACAUGUAGAAAGUAGCCUGUAAAGAUUUCAAACGUGUCACAUUUGACCUCUGACCUCUUCUUCAAGGGUAGUAGAUUGAUCGGAAAGUCAAAGUGAUAAUACUAUAAGCUGAUUUUAUCUUACUGCCAUUAUUCGCACUGACAACAUAUCCCCAAUGAUAUAUGGGGAUUUUAAAUAUCAUGGUACUUUGGACCUCUGACCUCUUCUUCGAGGUCAAAUAAGGUCAGACUUUUAAAAAUAAGACAUGUUAAGAAAUUCUGCUGCCUUUGUUUGUACUGCUAACAUUUAGGAAUGAUACUGGUAAACGGGGAGUCUAAAUAACACAAUUUGUAUACAAAUAUGUCGCAUUUGACCUCUGACCUCACUUUGGCAUUUUACAUCUGCCUCUCUUUCAGCUUAAGCCCAAAAUCUGUUAGAUUUUUAAAGAAAGAACUGUCAAGAGAAAUAAUGAAUCCACAUAAAUACGAAGCAAUUAUACUCAGGAUGAUGUCAGUAAUUACAAAAGCCUGCCCUAGGCACUUGUUUUUACUGCACUACAAACCAAAGAUAUAUACAAAAUGCAGCACUAUUACCUUUAAAGUAAAUACUGCCCAGAGAGUGAAGUUUCUUGGCAGAGGUUUGAGCUCUGAGUGGUUCUUUGUUUUGCUAAUAGCUGCAAAAGUGCUCAUGAAGAAAGUUUGUUUGGUAAUAACCCCAAAUAAAACACGACACACACACCCAGUCUGAACACUUUAAUGUGAACACAGAUCAGUAAACUGUAGGUAAUACAAAUAGCACACAUCGAGUCUCACUCAACCCACAGAGCAAAAACAUCAGUCCACGGCACGAGAGCUGAACGAAGCUUGACGGGCUUCACUCGGAUACUUAUGGAGUGUAUUUUUUUUAAAAAAACAAAAAGGAAAAACACUUUCUUAUGGCAGGAUGUGUUAACCAUCAGUGUCUGGUUAAAGGACUCGCGUCUCUAUUCUGGUUCACAAGUCAAUUAUAGACGAUACCGAGCUCUGCCGAGUCAGCAGAGGCGGCGCGUGGCCUGUGGGGAGAGUCUGGAGGCACAGUCAGCAGUGGAAAUCUUUAACUUGAGCAAUACGAGGUGAGCGGCUUAACAGUUUUCUGCGGUGUUCGGUUCAAUAGGGAACUGAGGUAACGCGCUAGAAUUGAUGUCCUCUGGAACAUAAGAGGAGACUGGGUGAUAUAAAGCCAUUAGUACAACCCGGACUCUUAGAUUUAGAGUUCAUUUAUUAGAUUUGAAGAAACCUACAAAGUACUGGAAUGAAGGUGUUGGUGAAUAAAGCUGAUAUGAUUGACACCCUGAAACAAAGAGAUUAGCAAGUCCUCAGUCCUGAUUCCCUGUCAAUGUAAUACAAGAUCUGUUAAAACAGGCUCACAUGAUGGUCUGGCAAAUAUGAUAUUUAAUAGUAAGAAGGCAACUGGCUCAACUAGGCUGUCUAUUUUUUAUUUACUUGUUAAGGCCACACGGCUGCUAAAAAACAAAACAAAAAAAACCUGCCAAAAUACCCUGAUCAGGAAAAAAAAAGAAAAAACAGCCACAGCUAAAGCGAGGGAAUGCAAGGGGGUUAGAGGUAACUGCUUUCCCUCUUCUCUCAGCAGAA